UGAGACUGGAAAUAAUAACAAACAAAUCGCACCAUGGCUCUCACACUGGCGAAACUGGAGGAGCUGCACUCGCAGCUGAUGCAGGAUUUGGAGACGUACGAGCGGCAAUUGCAGAGAAUCAACGCGGAAAUCUCGGAGUAUCAGCAGCUGAAGGCGACUGUUGUGGUCAUCGAGAGUGAUCUCAGGACGGGCUUCAAGACGCAGGUCAACAUCGGCGCCAACGUGUUCGUGCAGGCCAGAGUGCAGGACACCGAGAAGAUCCUCGUGAACGUGGGCAUGAAUCACUACGUGGAGUUCUCUCUCGAGGAGGCGCUGAAGUUCGUGGACUUCCGCAUCCGCGUCCUCACGAAGCACAGUGAUGUGAUCCGGGAUGAAGUGAUCAAGACGAAGGCGAAGAUUAAACUCGGUCUUCUCUGUGUGCAACAGUGAUUCAGAGCCUUCCGGAAGAUUUUGUAUAAUAUCAACAGUGUAUCUUAAAUUAAGAGACGUUACAGAACGAAAUUCACACAAGUUUUAUUGUAGAAAUAAGAGAUAAAUAAGCCACUUAAGAGCCAUAAGCUGUGAAUUUCGUGCGAAAAUCUUACCUUGUUCGGAAUAAAUAUGAAAAAUUAUUCAUAAUAUAUUUAUGUUUCGCAUAAAAUGAAGUAUUCAAGUUGAUUCUGGAGAUAUUUUAUUCCUCUGUGUACAUAUUACAUACAGUUUUUACUUCUGCAAACACUUAAGAGAUUAGAAAUUUCUACAGAUUUAUCAACCCUUCGGCGACUGCAUCGAAGGGCGCGCGCGCGCUUGCGGUCAAGAAAACACCCUCAAGAAAUACUGGACAAAGAUUUUCGAAGCUCUUCUCUGGUAUUCUUGCCGUGUUUCAUUCACACUUUGCCAUUCUUUGAAACCAUGUCUGAGUUCAACAGCUAUAUUUGACUGGCGUCGUUCGCCUUACAAGAUUACAAUUCCUUCCCCUUUUUUUUAUCACUUUCUCAGUGGCUUUCUUGCUUCUCGCGGUUUUUAUAAACAUUUAGACUGCGGUGGAGAUCAAGAAAAUGGGAUUUUCCAAUUGCACAAAUUGGAGUUUUUCGCAAUUGAAAGAAUGACUAAACUUACAUUUUUGCCUAAAAUCUAUAUUUAGACUUCCUUCACAAAUUCCUACUGAAUUCAGAAAUGUCUCUAUUUGAAUAUUUU